UCAGACCGGUGUUUUUUGAAUUGAAGCGGCAGGAAGGCGGAGAGUAGGCAGCGCUUACUUAGCGAGGAAAAGGUAAACAAAGAGUCACAGUAGUGAGAGAAAUAUUAUUUAUUCAUACAGCAGGGGAUAUUUAGCUGUUUACUGUUCUGAGAACAGACUGCAAGGUUGUUAAUAACAGAGUUCGCUAGUUAACGAUUAGCCAGUUAGUUAAUUAACGCUACUUAGCUAAAGUUAGCAAGCUAACGCUGGUUGAGUUCAACGUAGAAAACAACACCUCUGCUAGUAGUUAGCUAGCUAACGUAACGUUAUGUAGCAUGUAUUAGCUAAGUUAGCUAUGUUAUGCUAACAUAUUAGCGUUAGGUCGUUUAUGGGAGUUUAGCGUUAGGUUAACUCUUCACUUCAGCUUUUAAGUUAGAAAAGAAAAUGGACGCGUUAAAAGGCGAAGAAACGUCAUGUUCUCUUGACAAAAGUAACGUUAAAGAGAUAAACAAAACCUAUAUUAUAUCCGCGCUAAACAAAUCUACACCGAGGUCAAACGCGUCCAGCACCAGUUUCUCUGGAGCUCGGCUCACUCUCCAGAGGAGGAAAACAAACAGCAAAGGACCCGAGCUCUCCUCAGCCCUUCAAGACACCGAAAACCAGAGCGAACCGCACGGGAAACGGCUGACUCUACAGCGCAGGACCAGAGCAGGCUCUGUGGAUAAGGGCACUCCGUCUGCAGACGAGAAAAAAAGAGCCUGGGUCAGCUCAGCAGUGCUGUCAGAGCCCAACAGUGCCCGCACCCCGGGCAGGUUAGCACUGCUGCGCUCUGCUUCUCUCAGAGACACGGAGUCUAAAAGAGCUCAUAAAGACCUGCUACAACCCCCAAACACUCCCUGCACAACUGCAGCUACUGAGAAAUCAUCCACGCGUCCUGCUCAGACUGCUAAAGUAAAUGCAGCUCACGACCAAGCCAAGGCAAGCUCAACUCCAACAGGAAAAACACAGUUCGAGAAGCUGAGUCUGAAGAAAGAGGUGUUUGAAAGACUGGCAACCAGAGAUGUUCCAAAACCAGUGUCACUGAAGCAGCAUCCUUGUGUGGACAGGUCAAAGCACUCAAGCACUGACUCUGGCAAACCCCAGGCUUCUUCUUCUAAGAAAGUACCUCUUAUUAAUAAUCAAUGCAAGAACCUUAUGAUGGCCGUCACUCCUCGAUCAACGCAGGUGAGAAAAACCACAGCCCAGACAAGCUCCACAACACCCAGUGGAACCAUGAGCUCAACCAAAGCCAGGCCUCCGUCCACAAGUGAAACACUUCUUUCCACUGAAGGGAAGCUUGUGAGUCAAGCUGCAACACAUCCAGAACUGAAGAUGGAGGACAGUGCAGUUACUGUUGCAGUGCGAGUCAGGCCUUUCAGUUCCAGGGAAAAGGGUGAGAACAGCUGCCAAGUAAUUUUCAUGGAUAAUCAGGAGACGGUGGUUCAGCAUCCAGAUACUAAGCAGACCUACACGUUCGCAUUUGACUUCUCUUUUUGCUCACUUGAUGAAAUGGACCCACGUUUUGCAAGUCAGCAAACUGUUUAUGAGAAUUUGGCAAAACCUCUUCUUGAAAGAGCUUUUGAAGGCUUUAACACUUGCCUGUUUGCUUAUGGGCAGACUGGUUCUGGAAAAUCAUACACUAUGAUGGGUUUUGGGGAAGAGGCUGGAAUCAUACCGAGGUUCUGUGAGGAACUUUUCUUAAGGUUGUCAAGAGCCGACAGUAAGGAGGACACUUGUCAUCUAGAGAUGAGCUACUUUGAGGUGUACAAUGAGAAGAUUCAUGAUUUGCUUGUAGCCAAGGAUGAACAAAACCAAAAGAAGAUGCCUUUAAGAGUCAGAGAACACCCAGUUGAAGGGCCUUAUGUUGAGGAUCUGUCAACGAAUGUGGUUAGCUCCUAUGGUGAUAUUCAGACAUGGCUUGAGCUUGGAAAUAAACAGCGAGCUACUGCUGCCACUGGCAUGAAUGACAAAAGCUCCAGAUCUCACUCGGUCUUCACUCUGGUCAUGACUCAGACUAAGACAGAAUUAGUGGAAGGAGAAGAACACGUCCACAGGAUCAUCAGCAGGAUCAACCUGGUGGAUUUGGCAGGCAGCGAGCGCUGUGCCACAGCUCAAACAAGCGGAGACAGAUUAAGGGAGGGAGCCAGCAUCAACAAGUCUUUGCUCACUUUGGGGAAGGUGAUUUCUGCACUGUCUGAACAAGCUCAGAGCAGAAAGAAAGUCUUCAUCCCAUACAGGGAGUCUGUUUUGACAUGGUUACUAAAGGAAAGCUUGGGUGGUAACUCCAAGACAGCUAUGAUUGCGACUCUCAGUCCAGCUGCCAGCAACGUGGAUGAAACCUUCAGCACCCUGCGCUAUGCUCAGCAGGCCCGCUUAAUCAUCAACGUGGCCAAAGUCAAUGAAGAUACCAACGCUAAGCUGAUCCGAGAGCUGAAAGCAGAGGUAGAGAAAUUGAGAGCAGCCCAGAUGAGCUCUCAGGGGAUCCACCCGGAGAAGAUGAGGCAGUUCCAGCAGGAAAUCACUGCUCUGAAAUCUCAGCUCUCUCGGCAGGAGAGAGAGAUGGCUGAGGUGCACAGAUCUUGGAAGGAAAAACUGGAGCAAGCUGAGUGGAGAAAACGUGAAGAAACCAAAGAGUUGCAGCGUGUGGGCAUAACAUUUAAAGUGGAUAACCGGCUCCCCAACCUUGUGAACCUGAAUGAGGAUCCUCAGCUGUCAGAGAUGCUCUUGUACAUGAUUAAGGAGGGACAGACCAAGGUCGGCAAGCUGAAGUCUGAGUCGGCCCAUGACAUCCAGCUGUCUGGGGCUCUUAUUGCUGAUGAGCACUGUGUCAUCUCCAAUAUAAAUGGCACAGUUAGUAUCACACCCAUGAAGAAUGCCAAGACCUUUGUGAAUGGAAUCCUUGUGUCUGAAGCAACUGUUCUCCACCAUGGUGACCGGGUGAUCCUUGGGGGAGAUCACUACUUCCGCUUCAACCACCCAGCUGAGGUCCAGAGUGGAAAGCGUGCUUCUUGUUGGAGUAGUGGAGAUGUCCAGAAGGACUUUGAGUUUGCCAAAAAUGAAUUGCUUUCAGCACAGAGAGCCCAACUGGAAGCAGAGAUUGAAGAUGCCAGACUAAAAGCCAAAGAGGAGAUGAUGCAGGGGAUCCAGGUGGCCAAAGAAAUGGCCCAGAAAGAGUUGUUUGACCAAAAGCUUCAGUAUGAGAACCGGAUCAAAUCUCUAGAGAGAGAACUUGAACAGGAGGGCGAAAGAAAAAGAGCACAGGAACUGGAGAGGAAGCAAGUGGCCAGCAAGAUGGAGGAGCUGCAGACUGCCAAGAUUCUGCUGGAGCAAGAAAUGAACAUGCACAAGAAACGGUUACAAAUGGAGACUCAGGCAACCAGACAGGCCAUGGCUGAUAAUGAUAUUCGACAUGCAAAAAUCCUUGAGGCUCUUGAAUCAGAGAAAAGGAAAAUUGCAGGGGAUCUAGCUGAGAUUCAGAGAAAGCGUGCACUAAAGUCAAACCACACUUCUAGAACAGGUAACUUAGUUCCUCCUCAGUGGGAUGCCAUGAAGCUGUCACUGAUGAUUGAAGAAGCUAACAAAAUAAGUGGGAAAUUUAGGAAACACACAGUUUUCAGCAGAAAUGACGUGACUGAGACAGAGAGUGGGAAUGGAGGAAAUGCUGAGAUGCAGAUACAAGUACAAAAUACCAAGCUGGGCAUCUCUACCUUCUGGAGCCUGGAAAAGUUCCAGAGCAGCCUGGUUGCCAUGAGGGAGCUUGAAGAGGGAAACCGCACCUCCCAAGAUGAUGACGUGUUUUACGACCCAAACGACCAGUGGGAGCCAGAUAUAUCUUCAUCCUCCUCUACUUCUUCUUCUUCUUUUUCUCGCAGAAGAAGCAGGAGCCUGUUGAAGAGCAGGCGUAUCUCUGGCAGACUGUACGAGAUCAGAGUUCACCCCAUUCAGAGUUUAAACUGUACUUCAUCACAAUCUGCCGAGCUAAUGGGUAUGAGUAAGCCCCAUUCUCAUCAUAGCAGCAGCUUAGAUUCUACCUUGCCUGGCAUCUGCAAAGAUCUCAUUGCUGCCAUGGUUUCCCACUUACGUGCCAGCCCGUCAGCGGAGGAGAACAAGAGCCUGGCAGACAAACUCACCCUGGACCUUCUCUCCAUUCAUAACGCUGCAAACUCCAUUGCAAGCUUGUAUGAGCAGCUCGAUGAUAACAGCCAGGACAACUUGUUUGCAUGCAGCACUGAUGCGCAAACUCAUCUUGUGAGAGCCACCUCCGCUAUUGAGAGAGCUGUGUUCAUUACCAUGCACUGGAUCGCCAACAUCCAGCCCAGUACUCAGUCAGUCUCCCGAACUGCGGAAGAACUCAAGACAGAAGUGAAGAAUAUGGGCAGCUAUUUUCAGUUGCUUAUUCAGGGCUGUGAUUCAGAAAUUUCCUCUAUGGUGACAGAGGCUCAGAGGAAGUCUGCCAGGUGUUUGGAUGCUGCCCUGAUUGCCAUAGGUUUAUUGGCGACAGUGACUGGGACUCAUCUUCAUUUGUCUGAUCUUGGCUCUGACUCCAUAGGCAGAAGGCCUGCUGUUGUGUGUGUGCGAGAGGGAAUGUGUCGAGGUGUGAGAGCUCUUUUGGAGGAGGGUCUUUCUGUUAGCAGAGAAAUGCUCAAACAUGCUCAACUAGCUCAACCCAGAGCUCAGAUUUUGCAGAGCCUUAAAAUGAAAAUGUUAGAUGUGGCAAAGGCCUUGCAAAGCUACAUCCACUGCAACAUGUCGGAAAAGCCAGAUUGUCUGGACAACGGUUCCGAAGAUGAUACCUUACAUCUUGAAAGUAUAAAAAACACAGCCAACAAGCUCUUUCAACUCAACCAGGCUGUCCAGCAGCUGCACUCCACCUUGUCUCGCACUCUGAGAGGAAGAGGCAGUGAUGCUCACCUCAGUUCCUUAAAAGAAGCAGUCCAGUCUUUGACAAAGACAAUUGACGACAUUGUACACGGACUGCCACGACAGACUGAUGUCAACCUUUCUGUCAGUCUUCAACUACCAUUCUCAAAGAGUGUUAUGGCUGCACGGGAUGAUGUGCACUUGGCACUGUGCUCUCUAGCUGCUGUGUUUGAUGAAAGCAUGGAAGAAAAUAUGGAGAUGUCUAACUCUAACAACAUUUUUUCAGAGAAUCAAAAGUCUGGUUAUGGCACCAGAAACGAAGCUAUCCCUAAAGUACUGUACUCCCUUUCAUCUGGUGUCAGUUCUUGCUCUACAGAUAUUCGCUGGGUUUGAUUUAUACGUUUUAAGUCAAAUGUAGGAAUACUAAAAUCUUUUUUUAAAAGCACAUUUUUUUUGCACUAGCUUAUACACCUCUAUUUACAUCCAGUGGAUUUUCAAAUUUAUGUUCCGUUAUAUUUUUAUAUAAGGUACUGCAAGAUUGAAUGCACGCAUAUUGUAACCAUGUGUGGGAUAAAUACUGUUUUUACACUGGUUUUAACAUUAAAUUUCACAGAAUGUAUAAACAUAAGGGUGUUUACCCUUUUGAAUAUUGCCAAGAAUAGUAAGGAAUGAGUAAACAUUGGUAAAAGUAA